AUGUCGGAAAGGGAAGAUAAUGUGUACAAAGCUAAGUUAGCCGAACAGGCUGAGCGCUAUGAUGAAAUGGUGGAAGCUAUGAAGAAUGUAGCAUCCAGGAAUGUGUCGGACAAUGAGCUCACAGUGGAGGAGAGGAACCUGCUCUCCGUGGCGUACAAGAAUGUGAUAGGAGCGCGCCGGGCGUCCUGGAGGAUCAUCUCCUCCAUAGAACAGAAGGAAGAGACCAAAGGUGCGGAGGACAAGCUGAGCAUGAUCCGCGCGUACCGCAGCCAGGUGGAGAAGGAGCUGCGCGACAUCUGCGCCGACAUCCUCGCCGUGCUGGACAAGCACCUCAUCCCCUCCUCGCAGACCGGCGAGUCCAAAGUCUUCUACUACAAAAUGAAGGGCGACUACCACCGGUACCUGGCGGAGUUCGCGACCGGCAACGACCGCAAGGAGGCGGCCGAGCACUCGCUGGUGGCGUACAAGGCCGCCUCCGAGAUCGCCAUGACGGAGCUGCCGCCCACGCACCCCAUCCGGCUCGGCCUCGCGCUCAACUUCUCAGUAUUCUACUACGAAAUCCUGAACAGCCCGGACCGCGCGUGCCGGCUCGCGAAGGCGGCGUUCGACGACGCCAUCGCCGAGCUGGACACGCUGUCGGAGGAGAGCUACAAGGACUCCACGCUCAUCAUGCAGCUGCUGCGCGACAACCUCACGCUGUGGACCUCCGACAUGCAGGGCGACGGCGAGUCUGGUGAAGCUGAACAGAAAGAACAAGCACAAGACGUGGAGGAUCAGGACGUCUCGUAA